UCUUCAGAGAUAUUAAAUAGGGGCUCAACGGUCCCUCGGGCCCGGUGGGGCGACGGUGCCAUCUCCGGUCCCUGAAUCGAGGGGGUCCCUGAAUCGAGAUUCAGAGUCCUCGCGCGUUGAAGGCUUGGCCAGGAGAGGAGUUUGUGGGUUAUCUGACUUAAAAGUUGUGCGGUGAGGUUUGCAUAACUGAUGCUUCGGAAUGGCAUGGAUAUAAACGUUCACAGGAUUAAAAUGAGAGAUGAGGAAGGAUUAAUUGCCAUAUCAGCUCUUGGAAGCGCUAACACCUUGCUACCUCCGUGUCCUUGACUUGGAUGGAGGGUCUGUGAUAAGUUGCUGUCCUGGGGAUGAGCUGAAGUCACACAAAACUUGUCCUUUUCCUUCAGAAAGUUGUGCAGGAAGAGUUGGAUGCCCUCCUGGAACAGCAAAGCACUGUAGAGAACAAGAUGGUUGCACUUCACCGCAUGGGCCCUAAUUUGCAGCUCAUCGAGGGGGAUGCCCAGCAGUUGGCGGGAAUGAUCACCUUCACCUGUAACCUAGCCGAGAAUGUCAGCAGUAAAGUCCGCCAGCUUGACCUUGCCAAGAAUCGACUCUAUCAGGCCAUUCAGAGAGCCGAUGACAUCCUUGACCUGAAGUUCUGCAUGGAUGGAGUUCAAACAGCGCUGCGAAAUGAAGAUUAUGAACAAGCAGCAGCUCAUAUCCAUCGCUAUCUGUCUCUGGACAAAUCGGUGAUUGAGCUCAGUCGUCAGGGCAAGGAGGGGGGCAUAAUCGAUGCCAACCUGAAGCUCCUGCAAGAAGCAGAGCAGCGCCUGAAGAUGAUUGUCACAGAGAAAUUCGACACAGCUAUGAAGCAGGGAGACCUGCCCCAGGUGGAACGCUUCUUCAAGAUCUUUCCUCUGCUAGGCUUACAUGAAGAGGGGCUGAGCAAGUUCUCAGAGUACCUCUGCAAGCAGGUGGCCAACAAGGCAGAAGAGAACCUGCAGCUGGUAAUGGGGACAGACAUGAGUGACCGUCGAGCUGCUGUCAUAUUUGCGGACACCCUGACACUCCUCUUUGAAGGGAUCGCUCGCAUUGUGGAGACCCACCAGCCCAUUGUGGAGACCUACUACGGGCCAGGGAGGCUCUACACCCUCAUCAAGCACCUGCAAGUGGAGUGUGACCGGCAGGUGGAGAAAGUGGUGGACAAGUUCAUCAAAGAGAGGGACUAUCACAGGCAGUUCCAGCAAGUUCAGAAUAGCAUGAUGAGAAGUUCUUCUGCAGAGAAGAUCGAACCAAGGGAACUUGACCCUAUUUUAACAGAAGUCACUCUGAUGAAUGCCCGCAGCGAGCUCUACUUGAGGUUCAUCAAGAGACGAAUAAUAUCGGAUUUUGAGGUGGGAGACUCCAUGGCCUCAGAGGAGGUAAAGCAAGAGCAUCAAAAAUACCUGGACAAGCUCCUCAACAACUGUCUGCUGAGCCGCACCAUGCAAGAGCUCAUUGGCUACUACAUCACCAUGGAGGAAUACUUCAUGAGGGAGACAGUCAACAAGGCUGUUGCCAUGGACAGCUACGAGAAGGGCCAGCUCAUCUCCAGCAUGGUGGAUGACGUGUUUUACAUAGUGAAGAAAUGCAUUGGGCGUGCUCUGUCCAGCUCCAGCAUAGACUGUCUCUGUGCCAUGAUCAACCACUCCACCACCGAGCUGGAGUCUGACUUCAGGGAGGUUUUGUACAACAAGCUGAAGCAGGGCUUUCCGGCCACGACCUUCCAGGACUUCCAGAGAGGGGUGACCAGUGCGGUGAACAUCAUGCACAGCAGCCUGCAGCAGGGCAAGUUCGAUACCAAAGGCAUUGAAAGCACUGAUGAGGCCAAGCAGUCCUUUCUGGUGACCUUAAACAACGUGGAAGUCUGCAGCGAAAACAUCAUGACCCUAAAGAAGACUUUGGAGAGUGACUGCAGCAAACUGCUUAGCCAAGGCUUCGGGGGCGAGCAAGCGCAGGCCAAGAUUGACAGCUGCCUCUCCGACAUGGCUGCCGUCUCCAACAAAUUUCGUGACCUGCUGCAGGAAGGCCUCAACGAGCUGAACAGCACAGCCAUCAAACCCCAGGUGAAGCCCUGGAUCAACCUCUUCCUUUCUGUCUCCCACAACAUCGAGGAGGAGGAGUUCAGCGACUAUGAAGCUAAUGAUCCCUGGGUCCAGCAGUUCAUCGUCAAUCUGGAACAGCAGAUGACAGAGUUCAAGGCUGGGCUUUCUCCAGUGAUUUAUGAUACCCUCACUGGUCUUAUGACCAGUCUCAUCGCCAUCGAACUGGAGAAAGUGCUGCUCAAAUCAACCUUCAGCAGGCUUGGCGGCCUGCAGUUUGACAAGGAGCUGAGGUCUCUCAUAGCCUAUCUCACCACCGUCACCACUUGGACUAUCCGCGACAAGUUUGCCCGUCUUUCCCAGAUGGCCACCAUCCUCAAUCUGGAAAGGGUGACGGAGAUCCUGGAUUACUGGGGCCCGAACUCGGGCCCGCUCACCUGGCGCCUUACUCCUGCCGAGGUCCGGCAGGUGCUGGCUCUCCGAAUCGACUUCCGCAGUGAGGAUAUCAAGCGGCUGCGCCUGUAGUUGGUUGAUACUGGGGUCACCACCAUGCUGGAGGUAACAGCUGGAAGGCUGCAGCCCUGGGGCUGGCUGUUAGACAGUGUGGGGAUGCGGUGAUGUCUGCCCUGCUGCUCGUGUUCCUUGGAGCAAAGGGCUUUUCCUGGGAAGAGCUGCCAUCCUUUUGUGGGAGCAGAAACAAGGCAGCAGAGGAAUCUCGCGUUGACAGCAGCAUGAUGCUAUUUCUGAAAACGUGUGCUAGUCUGAGGGACAAGCUCAGGCUAGCUCCCGCCUCCCUUCGUUCUGCUGCCCUGCCACAGGUCAGGAAAUCUGGGGGCUGUUGUGGUGUGGUUCAAAGAGGGGGUCUGCAGAGCGCUCUGCCCAUGCUGCUGGCCACAGCUGUGGUCUGUACCACCAGUUUAGGGGAUAGCUACGGGAAUCCUACAAAUCCUGAGCCCGCCUGGCACUCUCCUGGUGGUGAUGGGGACUGUUCUGUAGAAG